GGUUUGGAAACCUUUAGCCAGCUGGUGUUUGAGGAUGUAUAUGGAGCUAGAAACAUCAACUCAACAUUUAUCAGCGACUUUCCACGAUUUUCUCACCGAGGCAUCCUGCUGGACUCCUCACGACAUUUCCUCCCCAUUAAAGUCAUCUUGGCCAAUUUGGAGACUAUGGCCAUGAACAAAUUCAAUGUGUUCCACUGGCACAUUGUAGAUGAUCAGUCCUUCCCGUACCUGAGCCAAACGUUUCCUCAGCUGAGCCAAAAGGGGGCGUACCACCCUUACAGUCACGUGUACACACCUUCGGAUGUGAAGAUGGUGAUCGAGUUUGCUCGACAGAGAGGCAUUCGGGUCAUCCCAGAGUUUGACACUCCAGGACACACACAGUCCUGGGGUAAAGGACAGCCUGAUCUGCUGACCCCCUGCUACUCUGGCUCCCAGCCUUCCGGCACUUUCGGACCAGUGAACCCCAUCCUGAACACCACCUAUGACUUCAUGAGAACGUUCUUCAAAGAGAUCAGCAGCGUGUUCCCUGAUGGCUACGUUCACCUGGGAGGUGAUGAAGUGGACUUCACCUGCUGGAGGUCCAACCCAGACAUUCAGAAGUUCAUGGCUCAGCAGGGCUUCGGACAAGACUACACCAAACUGGAGUCCUUUUACAUCCAGGGCCUGGUGGAUAUUGUCUCCUCUACCAACAAAGGCUACGUAGUCUGGCAGGAGGUCUUUGAUAAUGGUGUCAAGCUCAAGCCUGACACUGUAGUUCAUGUGUGGAUCGGAGGAGGGUGUGAUAAGGAGGUUGCCAAUGUGACGGCAGCAGGAUACACCACCAUCCUCUCCGCCCCGUGGUACUUAGAUUAUAUUAGCACCGGACAGGACUGGCAGAGGUACUACAAGGUUGAGCCGCUCAACUUUAAUGGAACUGAAGAACAGAAGAAGCUCGUGAUUGGCGGAGAAGCUUGUUUGUGGGGAGAAUAUGUGGAUGCUACAAAUCUCACACCUAGACUCUGGUAA